CAGACAGCCAUAGCCAGGAGCGCACUGGCAGCUGGACUGACAGACAGACACAGACAGACAACCAGCUAAAUGUGGCCAGGGCGGUCACCUGAUGAUUGCUCAAUCUUGACUCACGGUUCAGGAAUACACUAUAUUACACCUAAAGCAACAACAAGCAAUGUGAUUUUAGAUUUGGUACAAAAGAUAUCAAUUAAAGUCAGCUACAUUCACAACCGGUAAGGACAAGGGAGUGUCUGUCAACUAAGUGUAAGUUGGAUGACUAGGUCGUUUUUCUGCAGUGAUUGAAGGAAGAUGACGGUGACCUACUCCAGUAAAGUCGCCAACGCCACGUUCUUCGGUUUCCAUAGACUUCUACUGCGAUGGAGAGGCAGCAUCUACAAACUGCUUUAUCGGGAGUUUAUAGUCUUUGUACUGUUAUAUACCUUGGUGAGCCUCGUUUACAGACUCGCCCUCUCAGACCCUGAAAAGCGUUUCUUUGAAAAGUUGGCUCUUCACUGUAACAAGUAUGCAGAACAGAUUCCAGUCACGUUUGUGCUCGGUUUCUACGUCACCCUGGUGGUCAACCGUUGGUGGAACCAGUUCGUGAAUCUGCCUUGGCCCGACCGCCUCAUGUUCCUGGUCUCCAGCUGUGUUCACGGCCACGACGAGCAGGGCCGCCUCCUCAGACGCACGCUGAUGCGCUACGUCAAUCUCACCUCACUGCUCAUCUUCCGCUCCGUCAGCACCGCCGUCUGUAAGAGGUUCCCCACCAUGGAGCAUGUGGUGGAGGCAGGCUUCAUGACUCCAGAAGAGAGGAAGAUCUUUGAUGCUGUCAAGUCUCCCCACCUGAAGUACUGGAUCCCUGUGGUGUGGUUUUCUAACAUGGCGUCCAGGGCUCGGACGGAGGGGCGCAUCAAGGACAGCGUGGACCUGCAGACCAUCCUCAACGAGAUGAACACAUUCAGGACUUGGUGCUCUACUCUAUUUGGUUAUGACUGGGUUGGGAUUCCUCUCGUCUACACACAGGUAGUAACCCUGGCCGUCUACACCUUCAUCUUUGCCUGUAUUAUUGGUAGACAGUUCUUGGACCCAGCUCAGGGUUACCCAGGUCAUGACCAGGACUUUUACGUUCCCAUCUUCACUAUGCUACAGUUCUUCUUCUACUCUGGCUGGCUCAAGGUUGCUGAGCAGCUCAUUAAUCCAUUUGGAGAGGAUGAUGACGACUUCGAGGCUAACUGGUGUAUCGACAGAAAUCUGCAGGUGUCGUUGAUUGCGGUGGAUGAGAUGCACAUGAACUUCCCUCCGAUGACUAAAGACAUUUACUGGAACGACUCUGAGGCUCUGCCUCCCUACACCCUGGCUGCAGCCGACUACUGCAUACCCUCCUUCCUCGGAUCCACCAGAGAGUUGGAUCUAUCGGGCAUUUUUCAGUUCGGAGAGGCAGACAAAAUGGACAUUCACAGACAGGACAGCCACAACAGCAAUCACAACUUCCGUCAUGGUCGUCAAACGUCAGUCCUGGGGCACGUGCGUAGACUUCUCAGUGUCCAGGAUCCCCCAGAGCUCGUCCCUCCUCGGCCCUCCUUCAAACGUCACAGCAGUGAGGCCUUCUUCCCCUUCAGAUCUGACUCCCAUGACUACCCUGGAUCAGACGACCAGGCCUCCCCAGGACCUGAUCACUCUCUGUUCCCCAGACCCAACCUCUUUAACUCCCAUAACCCCCUCUCGACCAACCACCCUCUGGAUACGCUACGGGAGGUUAGUAGUACUCUUUCUUCCCUGGACACUGAGCCCCGUACGCCGUCCUUCACAGACCUGCCUCAGUGGGUGGUAAGUCCACCUGCUUCUUCUGAUGAUCAUGGGGAUAUUGGUUAUGGGGGUGAUGGAGGGACGUGUGGGGCGUUAUCUGGGGCUCCACAACCCCUGAAUCAUAUAGAGGCCUUCUCCCAACAGACAGGGCAUGAGCAGGCCUCAAGUAAGCCUGGGACUCCAGUAGAUCUGUCCCCCAUUGUGGAGGCUCCGGCCCUGAACACGAAUCAGGGCAACAGCUGUACCCAACCGAGGCCCAAGAAGUUGAGCUGGAACGUCCCCAAAGACUGGUGUAAGCCACAGAGACGUCAGCUGUCCUUCCAGUUCUCCAGACAGGGCUCAAAGAGCUCCCUGCACAGCCUGCCUAGUCCUCAAGGCCUAGGGAGGAGGAGAGGCCGAAACACUUCCACAGCCCUCCACUUUCCUGCUGAGCCUGCCCAGUUCCAAGCACUGCAAGUCCCCGAGACAGACAUUCUGGAGUCCAAUGGUCAUGAGAGUGACAAGAAGGACACCAAUGACAGCCAAGAGAACAAGGACAAGUCACAAUCGGAGAAGUCGUAAUGUUCUUCUGACAUACAGUCCAUAUCGACCUGCUGUACGAGUCACUUAACAGGCUCUCUAAGGGUGUACCCAGCAUUAUUAUAAUUGACACCCUAAUAAACAUCAAACGUUUGUUUUAUAAUAAAAUAUAAUGUAUUCA